ACCGACUAAUUUCUCGAUCAAAAGUUUCGAUCUUUUAAGCAGGCAACGAUGGCGAAGAGUGUGAUCUCGAUGGAGCAGUUGAAAGCUUUGUGGCAUUCUGAGGUUCACGAUGAAAGAAAGUGGGCUGCUAACAUGAGACUUGUGAGAGCACUUGGGGUGUUUGCUGGAGGAGUCUUCCUCAUGCGUAACUUUGGGGAUCUCAUGGGUGUCUGAAGAAAUCAUCUCUUAGUUUUUUUUUUGUUUUCAGUGUCUCUAUAGAAGGGAUGGUUUAGUUUCUGAUUUCACCAAUGUGAUACGAAAAUAUCUCAGUUGAAUAUUUGUUUCUUGUGUUUCAUCACUGUCUGUGAUUUUUAUGAUAUGCUAAAGAGUUUAUUUCUCAUGCACAACCAUUAAUAAAUUGUGUUUGAACCUUAUCAACAAGCUUAUUGUUGAUUGCUGGAUAGACAAGAUCUGUGUUGAUG